AUGACCCGAAUAUUUGUCCCGUGGCGGCCUGUACUACGACCUCGUACCAGUCGCCUUCAAUACGUCCAUCGUCAGCGAAGACUUUUGGCUGAUGUAGCCCAAGACACCAAGCAAGUCUGGGGAGGUCACGCUGGAGCAGAAGCCUGUGCUGGAGCUGCGCGAUCCGGCGCCAGGACUGCGCUUAUCACGCCGAAGCUCGACAACAUUGGCGUGUGUUCUUGUAAUCCUAGUUUUGGGGGUAUCGGGAAGGGAACAAUGUUAAGAGAAAUUGACGCGCUGGAUGGCGUAGCUGGUCGAAUAAUAGAUAAAGCAGGAGUGCAAUUCAAAGUCUUGAAUCGCAAGAAGGGUCCUGCCGUCUGGGGCCCUCGCGCACAAAUUGAUCGAGAACUCUACAAGAAACAUAUGAGGGAAGAAUUGACAUCCUAUCCAAAUUUAUCGAUUGUACCGGGAAGCGUGGCAGACAUCAUCGUUUCCCGUGAUGAUAGCCAAACCCAAGGUGGAAGAAUCUCGGGGGUACGACUGGAAUCCGGUGAGGUUAUACCGACCAACCAAGUAGUUAUCACCACUGGCACCUUUCUUGGUGGUGAAAUACACAUUGGUCUCGAGUGCACACCCGCUGGACGUAUGGGCGAAGCGGCAACUUUUGGCUUAAGCAAAUCUUUGAAGGAUGCAGGCUUCAAGCUUGGCAGACUGAAAACUGGAACACCUCCUCGUCUGGCCAAAAACACCAUCGACUUCAGUAUCCUGGAAGAACAGCCGGGUGAUGAUCCACCCACGCCAUUCAGUUUCCUCAACGACUCAGUCUCGGUUCAAGAGCAACUGCUUUGCCAUGCUACCUAUACUAAUCAAGCUACACACGAUGUCGUCAGGGCUAAUCUCGACAAGUCCAUACAUAUCCGAGAAACAGUCAAAGGCCCAAGAUAUUGUCCGUCCCUCGAGUCAAAAAUUAUUCGGUUCUCUGACAAGGAGAAGCAUAUCAUUUGGUUGGAGCCGGAAGGAUUCGAGAGUGACGUAAUUUAUCCAAAUGGAAUUUCCAUGACUAUCCCCGCCGAAGCUCAGGAGCAACUUUUGAAGACCAUCAAAGGUUUGCAAAACGUCACAAUGUUACAGCCAGGAUAUGGUGUGGAAUACGACUACGUCGAUCCAAGAAGCCUAAAGGCAACCUUGGAGACGAAAGCUAUCCGUGGUUUAUAUUUGGCGGGACAGAUCAAUGGAACUACUGGUUACGAGGAAGCAGCUGCACAGGGAAUCGUCGCUGGAAUUAAUGCUGGUUUGAUGUCGCUCUCCAAACCUCAAAUGGUGCUUUCCCGGAGCGACGGAUACAUUGGGAUUAUGAUCGAUGAUCUCAUCACCAAAGGGGUCUCGGAGCCUUAUCGAAUGUUCACAUCACGAAGUGAAUACCGGAUGAGCGCCAGAGCAGAUAACGCAGAUUUACGACUCACAGCAAAGGGCCGAGAGGUAGGAGUUGUAGGGGAUGAGAGGUGGUCAAGCUUUUCUGAUGAAGUGGCUCAGAUUGAAGAUCUCAAAUCAGCCUUGAUGUCCAAAACGGCGAGUGCACCGGUGUGGAUAAGAGACGGCUUCAAGGUUGGGAACGAUUCCACCAGAAGGAGUGCAUUUGACAUCCUUCGUCUAACAGGUGUCACCGUCAGCGACAUGGCAGCUUUGGUUCCGGACAUCAUGACCUUUUCGGCGCACAUUCAAAAUAGAGUCUCAAUCGAGGCAGUGUACGCCCCAUAUGUGGAACAACAGACUGCGGCAAUGAAGGUGUUCCAAAAGGAUGAGAAUCUGAAGUUGCCACUGGAUUUAGAUUAUGAUCAGAUUCAUGGACUGAGUAUGCAUGAGAAAUCACUGCUUCAAACUACGAGACCUGAGUCUGUGGGUCAGGCGCGACGAAUCGAAGGUCUCACGCCAUCCGGAAUUCUGAGACUUCUGGCAUUUGUCAAAAAUAGGCAUCGCGAUCUCGCCAAAGCAACAAUUUUUGAGCAGGUAGCUGCCCGUAAGAAGAAGUAUAUGGUCAAAUGA